AAAAAAUUUAACUCCUAGAAUCAGAUGUGAACAUGCAAUCAUGUAGUUCCCAGAACACGUAUGUCUUGAACAAGUUUGUUGGACUGUGAAGAGGGUAAAAAAAAUAAUGACGAUUGGCAUAUUUUAAUAACUCCGUUCUUGUUGGGUUGGUUGUUGAGAUCAGAAAGUGCUUUCCCUGUUGCGAUUUUGCACUAUGGUCCAUAGUCUAUGGGGAAGAAGUAAGCCGGUGUACCUGCAGAAAUUCCCCGACAGCCAGCUCUGUGAACAUUUGGAGGAAGUACUUGUACCUCGAGAAGAGAUAAUAACCCAGGACAUUACCGUCCUCACUCAGAAAGAGAACAAGCGAGUGUUUUAUAACUGCAUAUCGCAACACAACCAAACCAGAAAAGUAAUUCGUUCUGAACAAAGUUUUCGUGAGGACAACUCGGUAAUUGAGGCUCUUGCAUUACCUCCCUUACAGAAUGGCGCCUUAUUCGGUUGUCUUGAUAUUCGAUUAAUAAAAAAGAGAAACUCCUUAUAUUCAGACUACUAGCUAAAGUAUAAGAUAAGCAAAAAGAUUGCCUACCAUACACCUCUUAUUUAUCAUCGAACAGGUUGAGUUAGUGAUGCUGAAUUUCCAUGUACUUCAAUGUUAUUCUUGCCAAACUUACCAGGUUCACCAAGAGGCAAAAAGCAAGAAAUGGAAAUGUAAACUAUGUGGUUUUUGGAAGAGGGUCGGGAAAAGACUGCCGACAGCAUGUACAGAAACUUAACAUGCUUCGAGGUGAGAGAGAUCAUCAGCGACAACAUUCCUUGCUGACAGUAUCACCUAAUCAACAGGAGCAUGACAUUUGUUGCCAGACUCAGGAGCCCUCAUCUCAGAAUCACGAACAACAAGUGAGCAAAUGGGAGCAGUAUCUAUCAUCUCCUACAGAAUUAAGCUCAGGCAAAGAUGCUAGUUCUGAUGAAGAGGAACAAUUUGGCCAUCCUGCCAUCUAUAAAAGCAGUGUUGGCAGGAUGAAAAAGAAAGGGAUCAGUCACCGGAAAAAGCCAAGGUUUGAUGUACAUGACUUUGUUGACAUGGAGACAGAAACAGGAUCAAACACACAGGGGCAAGCUUUUUCAUCCAACCACUUUCAUCAGACAUAUACAAACCACAAUCUGUAUCCAGCAAAAAUGGAUCCUGGUAAUUUUACUCAAGUUUCCUUUGAAAGAUUGGAUUAUGGAACAUCUACAAAAACUAAUAAGCGCAAACAUUGGGCUGAAAAAGCACCAUCAAGCUCUUCGGCUACUCAUCACUCAACGAAAUCAAAAUGGAGUGUUUACUUACAGGAAGAAUCAGUUCCUGAAGAGGAGUAUACAAAAGAAAACAAUGAAAGCAGUGAUUUUGGUAAUUGUCUACUUGAUGAAGAGGUAGCUGGUAGCAGAAAUGGUGGCAAAAGGUUAUCAGUUUUGAAGAGUGUUCAAAGGAAAGAACUUUCACCCAUGAAUUCUAUGGGGGAAGCUGUUAAUUCUCUAAUCUAUCAUCAUUCCUUGAGACACCAUAGCCAAGUUGCCAGGCAAGACAUGCACACUUCCAAAGAGAUUAAAUCUACAGGAUCAACUUUGGAUGAAUCAUCCAAAACUUUGCCAGAUACUGACUCACAAAAUCCCAUUACUGGUCAUAGAAGCUUAGCUUUAUCCCUGUUUAGUGUUGGGGAUGAUACACUAGAAAAUGAUGACAUUGACUUUUAAGUAAAUCAUCCUCAGCAAAAAAUAACAUUGUUUUCAAGUCAAUCGAUAUUCUUGGAUUUGUUUUUUCUUAUUCAACAUUUCACUCACGCAUAUGCCACUUAAGAACCCUUGCAAAUGAAAGCACACCUACAUAGCUGUUGUUGAAUAAAAUGAGCUAUGUUCCGAUCAUUGUUUUAUCUCCAUUUACUGAAAUAAAAAAAUACAUCAUUUACUGUUAAAUAAAAGGCCUGUGAUUUUUUUUUUAAUUCCACAACUAUGCUUCAGCAUCUCCGUUGGCACUUUGUCAUUACCCCAAGUAUUUUAUUUCUGCAACAGUUUUUGAAACUUUAGAAUGAAAACUUUCUUUUAUCUUAUAGUUACAACACCAUUAGCCUAUGUUCAAAGCAUUUUAUUUGGACCCAUUAUUUUCCACACACAUCAACGUCUGUUCUCUUAGAGGUGUGUGUGAGAAGGAGAAGGGUUGACAUAAAUUUCAUUGCUAUUAAAGAUACAGCAGUACAUUUCAAA